UCGAGGGUGGGUGGUGCCAGCAGUCCGUUUACUGCCAGUGAGGUUUCUGUGAGGAAAACAGACGUUCACUAACCUGCGGUUGCCUUGGCUGCUACCAUCAAAGCAGCCCGGCUGGGGCCGAAAGGACCCUUCUCCUGCAGACCUGCAGCUCCACUACUCCUGACCGUGCUCCUGGAGACCGCAACCCAGACCCGUGCCUGAAGGUCCGCGAGGAAACCGAGGCGUCACAGGUGAUGGCGGAGACGGGUGAGAAAAGCCUGGAGGCCGUCUUACUCCCACAGCCCCAGCUUCCAGGGGACGGGGGACCCCCCCACGACCCCACGGGCUGUGGCCAUAAUCCCCAGAUCCGAGGUGGUGGGGAUCCCGGUGACGGAGCGGCUGAAGCAGGGUUAGAAGAGGCUCUGCUUCCCGCCUGGGACCUGGAAGCCAAGUCUGUGUCCAUGGCAACGGACAACAGCCGGAACAAUGGCUGUCAGAUUGGUGAGCCGCGCGGCGGCCCAGGUGCGGAGGAGGCCUUAGAAACCUGUGGCGCACUGAGCUUGGCGUCUGAGGUGGUGGCCGAGGCUAAGGCCGAGGGAGUGAACAUUGAAAUGAACGCCAUCUCAGUAGCAGUGGAUGAAGGAGUGAUGGAAAAGGAAGGAGUGAAGGAGGAGAAAGGAGUGGAGCAGGAGAUGGAGAUAGAAAAGCCUGUAGGUGAAGAAGUAAAAAUGGCGGAGGAAAACAGACUGGUAGAGGAGGAGGCAGGGCCCCAGCCCCUGAAUAUGAAUCUCCGCAUGAACCCCCUGGAGGCCAUCCAGCAGGAACUGGACACUGUGAAUGCUCAGGCUGACCGGGCCUUUCAACAGCUGGAGCAGAAGUUUGGACGGAUGCGUCGACACUACCUGGAGCGGAGGAACUACAUCAUUCAGAAUAUCCCGGGCUUCUGGGUCACUGCCUUUCGGAACCAUCCCCAGUUGUCCCCCAUGAUUAGGGGUCAAGAUGCAGAGAUGUUAAGAUACAUAACCAAUUUGGAAGUGAAAGAAUUCAGACACCCGAGAACUGGCUGCAAAUUCAAGUUCUUCUUUCGAAGAAACCCCUACUUCAGAAACAAGCUGAUUGUUAAGGAGUAUGAGGUCAGAGCUUCUGGCCGAGUGGUGUCUCUUUCCACUCCAAUCAUAUGGCGUAGGGGCCACGAACCCCAAUCCUUCAUUCGCAGGAACCAAGACGUCGUCUGCAGUUUCUUUACCUGGUUUUCCGACCACAGCCUUCCAGAGUCUGAUAGGAUUGCUGAGAUUAUCAAAGAGGAUCUGUGGCCAAAUCCACUGCAGUACUACCUGCUGCGUGAAGGAGUCCGCAGAGCCAGGCGUCGCCCGAUACGGGAGCCAGUGGAGAUCCCCAGACCCUUUGGAUUCCAGUCUGGUUAAACUUUGCCAAUGGGACUACCCUUGCAUAAGGUUCCCUAACACCUCUUGGUGGACCUGUGCUUUCUACUUUUUUGUUUUCCUGACACUUCUGCAACAUUUUUUCCUCUGGACAUUUAGUUCUCUCCUCAAAGUUUCUUAUCCUGAACAUGAUUGUUAGAUAGCAGUAUACUUUUUUUCUGUGUCUCUUAAUCUCAAAAUAAAAGUAAAGAUAGCUUAGAAAUACCUGCAAAAACCAGACCUUUUCGUUUUAUUUAGUUCUCUCAAUGAUUUCUAGGGACAGGUUGUCUUGUAAAAUAGAGUGCCAGAGCUCGUUCUUCCCUUUGCUUUCUUCCCCAGCCCCCAGAACCUGGAGGAUUUAAGGGAGACAGAUCUAGAUAGAAUGAAAAGUGUUACCUAGUUCAUAAUGGGUAGAAGAACUUAAAGAGAUUGUGAUUGGUGCCCUAAGAAGGGGAAACUGAUCAAAAUGCGAGGCAAAAAUGAACCAGGUGAAAAUAGGGCCUAGCUGACAGAGUGUUCAAGGAAAAGUUUUCCCCCACCCCCCAUGUUAGUGAUGGGAGGAGAAAUACAUUUUUUUAGAAUUUCCAUGGGAGAAUUGAAGGAGACUAGAGUGUUAAAUAUGUUGCUGAGAGAAUAGUUCUUUAAAGAAACACAACUGUAGAUGCUUUCUCUUGUUUUUAUUUGCUUUGACUUAAUUUAUGGAGAAGAUUAAUAUUGUAUCCCUUAUUUAACUCUGUCCUUUAUUUAACUGUGUCCGAUAUUUAGUAAAAUCCUUUAGUUAUUUUCUUAGUUUCUGCUUACUGGGAAAAUUGACCUGUACAGGCUUUCUUUGCUUUCAUUUAGUAAUGAAAGAUUGUUAUUUAGAAAAAUAACAAUCUUAUUUCCCAGUAGGAAAUAGAAACAAAUGAAUAUUCAUAAUGGUUUUCAAGUUCUUGUUUCCGUUAAAACUGCAUUUUUAGAAACAUAAAUAACUUGAACUUGUCAGAUUCUCAAGACUUUGGAAAUUGUUAUCUUCAUGGGGAAAAUAACCUGGGGAAAAUAUGUAGCUUGAUUGUCUUUCUUGAUAAUUGCUCUGGUAACAACUUAGUAAUUGUGUCUCUUUUCCUAAAUAACUUAAAUACUUGGGAAAUUGCUCUUGUCAAGUUAGAAGUGUAUCACUAGCAUAUUUAUCUUUCCAUGUGUGUGCAUGAUGGUAAAAUAAAACCAUGUUAUUCUGCAAGA